AUGACGGAUCAAAACCGCUCAAAGAUCAUCGAGGAUUUUCCCAUUGGAAAUGGCCUUGACGUCUUCCGUGCUUCGUUCGGUUCGAUCUGUGAUGGCAGUAGCAUCCUGCGGUCCCCAGACGCGCUUGAUGAGCUAGGUCGAGAAGAUAUCCAAACCCUCACACUUGAUCUCCUUUCGGCACUCCAAUCACUUCGUGCUUCGCGUCUCCUUUGCUCCGCCGGUAGGGACAGGAACUUGUACGGCGACUUGCUACGGCUCAACUCGGCUGUCAACUCCUGCGAGUUCGAUGUCGACCGUAUCAAACCGCUGUUGAAUGUGGCGCUCGCCGACAAACCUGAUGAUUCUCUCAUUUGGAACCGGAACACGAGCGGCCUCGUGAACUCGUCAGAAUCCCGCCAGAAUGUCGACCCGAUCCUUAAGUUGGAGCUCGAACAUGUCUAUGUCGGACUUCCCAAUUUCCACGAAGCCUUCUUUGGAGACGUGCCAGACCUCGACAUGGUUUCUGAGGCAGUCUUUCGCAGAUGUACAGAAGGCGACAAUCCACUCUUCAAGGACGGGUGGAGUGGAUGGCCGGCAGGCGCCAAAGAGAGCGAUGUGCUGACUUGGUUCGCAGCUCGGCGAAAGCUGCUGGCGCAGCCGAGGACACCACUAGUCGGCUCUACAGGCAAGCGCAGCAUGGACAUCGGCUUUGUCAAUGACGAUAUCACAUAUGAUCCUAAUUCUGAGGAUUCGAGAUAUCGUUGGUCACACAUCCUCGUUGCCGGCGAACUGAAAAGCACCCGUCGCUUCGUCUUGGGCUUUACUCUCUGCGGGUCGCUUAUGAGGGUAUGGGAGUUUGACCGACUUGGGGGGAUCGCCUCCGAACAAUUCGACAUCAACAAGAAGCAUGGUGCGCUGCAGUUUGCGACGGCAAUCCUAGGAUUUCUGCGAAUGAACAAGGAGAUGCUUGGGUUUGAUCCUACCAUUAUAGCAUCCGGCGGCCAGCAGUAUAUCGAGAUCGAACGAAUCGGCAAAACAGAGCGUCUCAUCAUUGAUGAUGUUAUGAAGCGAGCACGGUGCAUUGCCGGUCGGGCGACAACCUGUUGGAGAGCACAUCGCAAAGAAGACCCCAAGACCCCGCUCGUUAUCAAGGACUCCUGGCAGUACACGGACCGAGACGAAGAGGGUAUACUUGUCCAGGAAGCGACUGAGAAAGGUGUCAUUAACGUUGCCCGAUACUACCACCAUGAAACCGUUCGCGUCCGCGAUGCGGAAGAUGACGUCCAAAGCAAUGUUCGAAAGGGACUGGACCUCACUAAAGCUACGAAUUAUCGAUCAGGACGUGCGAUGCUGCCAUCAGGUGCUGGCGCGUCUAGAGUGUCGCACAAAGGGCGAAGUAGCGGCACUGGCAUGAAGCGACCGUCCAGCGAAACUGGCGCCGCUCUGCCGCUGAGCAAAAGAUCCGGUUCAACAUCUCCGGUCAAGGCAAGCGUGGAAGCCCUCCCGAACCGCGUACACCGGCGGGUCAUUCUUCGAGACUACGGGAAGCCGAUCUACAAGGCAAGCUGCCGUGUGGCGCUGCUUGCCACCCUGGAGGGCUGCCUUGAAGGUCAUCAGUCGUUGCAUAAGGCUGGUUUUCUACACAGAGACAUCUCCAUCAACAACCUUAUGAUCAACGAGGACAAGGACAACCGAUCCUGGCCUUCGUUCUUGAUUGACCUUGACCUCGCCAUCAAGCAGCAACGAGAUGGUGCCUCCGGAGCACAGGGAAAGACUGGCACGAGGGCUUUCAUGGCAAUCGGGGCGCUCCUGGGCGAGCAACACACGUUCAUGCACGACCUCGAAUCAUUCUUCUGGGUGCUCUUCUGGAUAUGUAUCCACUAUGACGCUCAAGGCAACGGCAUUGGCCCAACUGGGUUAGAUGAUUGGAACUACGAGAAUAACGAUAAAUUGGUUGCAGCUAAGAAGGGUGAAAUCGCUGACGAGGAAGACUUUCUCAAUAAGGCACAUAGAAAUUUCACACCGUACUAUCGGCCAUUGAUCCCAUGGGUCAACAGACUGCGAAGGAGGGUAUUCCCAGGCGGUGGGAGGUGGAAGAGGCUGGAGCCAGAGCUCUAUUCCUCGAUGAAGGAGAUCCUUCGCGAAGCCCAGAAGGACCCAGAGGUAUUGGCGGAGAGAUAG